AUGGUGCUCAAGAAUUGGCUGAACCUUGCUAUCUCCACGCUCUACGGAUGGGCCAAGAGUUUCCUUCUUGCUGUGGUCUCAGUCGUCCACACGUCUUGUGGCUGGCUGAUGGGCUCUCGUGCGGAGUGGAAAACUCUUUUUCACACGGGCAAUGACGCAGCUUGUGUUGUCAGAGCUACUACCACCUUUGGAUUUGAUGAGAGAGUGCAAGUCGCUUCCCUUCGCAUUCAACAGCAUGGCAGCCACAACCUCUAUCGCGUCAUGGUGGACGGUGACUUUGUUGUGGAUAGGAAUGAGGAAGGACCAAUCCGUGGAGACUGUGUUGCCGGAGCAAUCUAUUUGCCUGAUGCCUCGCCUUGGUUACCAACUACCAAGAAAUGCAAGGGAGAAAACACCAAGAGUCUCCGCGGCAGGAGUUUCAUGCUAACUUUUCCUGCCAAUGCAGAAGGUUUGGACUCCUUGCAGAUCACUUUUAUCUACCCCAAUGAGUCCAAAAUGGAAGCCAAAGAGUACAUUGGGAUGUUUGAAGCAGUUUGGUCUGCCAUGGUCGAGGACAACAACAACAACAAGAAGAAGAACGAUGACAAGAGCGAUUGA